CCAAGAUAUUUCAUAAAGCACCAUUGUUAGUCAACUUCAGCCUUCAAACCCAACACCUUCGAUGGCUUCACUCGUCUCUCGACCACCUAAUUCAAUCAUCAAUCCAUCUUCUCAAGGUGGAAUAGGAUCAUAUUAUCAAACUAAAACUGAAUCACUUCAACUUACAAUCAAUCGUAAAACUCAAAACCUACGAAGAUUAGAAGCUCAACGUAAUUCUCUAAAUGCAAGAGUUAGACUCUUACGUGAAGAACUUCAACUUUUACAAGAGCCAGGAAGUUAUGUUGGAGAAGUGGUAAAAGUGAUGGGAAAGAAGAAAGUUUUAGUCAAAGUUCAACCUGAGGGCAAAUAUGUCGUCGAUUUUGCACCUUCAAUUCAACUUUCUCAACUUACGCCUGCUCUUCGGGUCGCCCUCCGAUCUGACUCCUACCAACUUCACUCGAUCCUUCCCUCAAAAGUCGAUCCACUCGUAUCUCUGAUGAUGGUAGAAAAGGUACCCGACUCAACUUACGAGAUGGUGGGUGGACUAGAUAAACAGAUUAAAGAGAUCAAGGAAGUUAUCGAACUACCUGUCAAGCAUCCCGAACUCUUUGACGCCUUGGGUAUCGCUCAACCUAAAGGUGUACUACUCUAUGGUCCUCCAGGAACAGGCAAGACCCUAUUGGCUCGUGCCGUGGCUCAUCAUACAGAUUGUCGUUUUAUUCGAGUCAGUGGUAGUGAAUUGGUCCAGAAAUACAUUGGUGAAGGAUCAAGAAUGGUUCGUGAGCUAUUUGUGAUGGCACGUGAACAUGCUCCAUCGAUCAUCUUUAUGGACGAAAUUGAUUCGAUUGGUAGUUCAAGAGGAGAAAGUGGAAGUGGUGGUGGUGAUAGUGAAGUUCAAAGGACGAUGUUAGAAUUAUUAAAUCAACUCGAUGGAUUUGAACCUUCUAAGAAUAUCAAAGUGAUCAUGGCCACCAAUCGAAUCGAUAUACUUGAUUCUGCUUUGCUUAGACCUGGUCGAAUUGAUCGAAAGAUUGAAUUCCCUCCACCAGGCCCUGAGGCUAGGAUUUCAAUCUUGAGGAUUCAUUCACGAAAGAUGUCACUCACUCGUGGAAUCAAUCUCCGAGCACUCGCAGAAAAGAUGGAUAAUUGUAGUGGAGCAGAAGUGAAGGGUAUUUGUACCGAAGCAGGAAUGUAUGCCCUCCGUGAACGUCGUCAACACGUAACACAAGAAGAUCUUGAAUUGGCAGUAGCUAAAGUCUUGAAGAGAAACAUGGACUCGAGUACAUCAACUAGCAAGCUCUUCACAUGAGAGAAAGUAGCAUAAAGAUGUUUAGCUUCUCAGAUCCUUGUACUACACUUACGCAAUCGGAAUCACGUAAAUUGUAACUUGAGCUCGAGGGGUCACGUAGUAAUUAAUUUAGAAAAUAUGAUUG